AUGGAGACCGGAGGGCUGCGCUUCCCGAGACAAAGGCAAGUCCUGUUUGUCUUUCUAUUUUGGGGAGGAUCCCUGGCAGAAUCUGGGUUUGGACGUUAUUCGGUGACAGAGGAAGCCGAGAGAGGAUCGUUCGUGGUCAAUUUGGCCAAGGAUCUGGGGCUAGCAGAGGGGGAACUGGCUGCAAGGGACGCUCGAGUGGUCUCUGAUGAUAACAGAUCACACUUGACCCUGAAUUCCCAAACCGGGGAUUUGCUCACAAGCGAGAAGCUGGACCGCGAGGAGCUGUGCGGCCCCACGGAGCCCUGCACGCUUUAUUUCCAAAUUUUAAUGGAUAACCCCUUUCAAAUUUACCGGGCUGAACUGAGGGUCAGGGAUAUAAAUGACCAUUCACCGGUGUUUCAGGAUAAAGAAAUGGUCCUAAAAAUUCUAGAAAAUACACCCCAAGGAACAACAUUUCAACUAGAAAGAGCACAGGAUUCAGAUGGGGGUCUUAAUGGUAUCCAAAAGUAUGCCAUCAACCCCAACUCUUUUUUCCAAAUUAAAAUUACUAACAGUGAUGAAGGCGUCAUAUACCCAGAGCUGGUGUUGGACAAAGCAUUGGAUUGGGAGGAACAUCACGAGCUCACUUUAACACUCACAGCGCUUGAUGGAGGGUCCCCACCCAGAUCUGGGACGACUACUGUCCGCAUAGUGGUCUUGGACAUUAAUGACAACUCCCCCCAGUUUGUGGAAGCACUAUAUGAGACAGAGGUGAGGGAGAACAGCCCCGUGGGGUCCUUCAUUGUUAAAGUCUCCGCAGAAGAUAUAGAUUCUGGAGUCAAUGCUGAAGUAACCUAUUCGUUUUUUGACGCCUCUGAAGAAAUUCGAACAACCUUUCAAAUCAGCCCUACAACUGGAGAGCUAGCUCUCAGAGCGUUGCUUGAUUAUGAGCUAAUAAAGUCUUACAAAAUUAAUAUACAGGCAGUAGAUGGAGGGGGCCUUUCUGCAAGAUGCAUGGUUUGGGUCCAAGUGUUAGAUGUGAAUGACAACCCCCCUGAACUCAUCGUGUCAUCACUUUCCAAUUCCAUUGCUGAGAACUCCCCUGAGACAGUACUGGCUGUUUUUAAGAUCAGAGACAGAGACUCUGGAGAAAAUGGAAAGAUGGUUUGCCACAUUCAAGAUGAUCUACCAUUCCUGCUGAAGCCCUCGGUAGAGAAUUUUUUCGUUCUGAUGACAGAGGGAGCUCUUGACAGAGAAAGCAGAGCCCAGUACAACAUCACCAUCACCGUCACAGACUUAGGCACUCCAAGACUGAAAACACACCGCAACAUAACCGUGUGGGUUUCUGACGUGAAUGACAACGCGCCCACCUUCUCCCAAGCCUCCUAUACCCUGUUCAUCCGCGAGAACAACAGCCCCGCCCUGCACAUGGGCACCAUCAGCGCCACAGACAGAGACUCAGGAGCCAACGCCCAGGUCACCUACUCGCUGCUGCCGCCCCACGACCCGCACCUGGCCCUGGCCUCGCUGGUGUCCAUCAACGCGGACAAUGGCCACCUGUUCGCGGUGAGGUCGCUGGACUACGAGGCCCUGCGAGCCUUCGAGUUCCGCGUGGGCGCCACUGACGCGGGCUUCCCCGCGCUGAGCAGCGAGGCGCUGGUGCGCGUGGUGGUCAUAGACGACAAUGACAAUGCGCCCUUCGUGCUGUACCCCAUGCAGAACGGCUCUGCACCCUGCACCGAGCUAGUGCCCAGGGCGGCCGAGGUGGGCUACCUGGUCACCAAGGUGGUGGCGGUGGACAGCGACUCUGGCCAGAACGCCUGGCUGUCCUACCAGCUGCUCAAGGCCACGGAGCCCGGGCUGUUCAGCGUGUGGGCGCACAAUGGCGAGGUGCGCAUGGCCAGGCUGCUGAGUGAGCGCGAGGCACCCAAGCACAGGCUCCUGGUGCUGGUCAAGGACAAUGGGGAGCCGCCCCUGUCUGUCACCAUCACGCUGCACGUGCUCCUGGUGGAUGGCUUCUCUCAGCCCUACCUGCCUCUGCCUGAGGUGGUCCCUGAGGAGCCCCACGCUGACUCCCUCACUGUCUACUUGGUCAUCGCGCUGGCCUCGGUCUCCUCUCUCUUCCUCUUCUCUGUGCUCGUGUUCAUUGUCAUGCGGUUGUGCACGAGGAGCAGGGCUGCCUCUGUGACUGGGGGCCACUUUCCUGGCCACUUGGUAGAAGUCAGCAGGACUGGGACCCUUUCCCAGAACUACCAGUACGAAGUGUGUCUGACUGGAGGCUCAGAGACCAGCGAAUUCAAAUUCUUAAAUCCCAUAUUGCCCAAUAUUCAGUCUCAGGACAGUGAGAGAAAUAAUGAAGAAAAUCCUAGCUUUCGAAAUAGUUUUGGGUUUAAUAUUCAUUAA